ACAAUAUGCCACAAUGGUUGCUGGCCAAACGUUUCCGAAAAGUUUUGAUAACUUCAGUUUUUUGAUCGUUUUACGUUUUACCCUUCAUAUUUAAUGUGUCUAAAUGAAAAUUAAUCUGGGCAUAUCUCUAAAAGUUUAACUCCAAGAUUAUGUAGUAUGUUUACAUAAAAAGUGGGGUAAAUGGCCUUAUGUCUAGGCGGGAAAGGCAGGUGCUAAAAACUGGACGCGUGUGUUUUAUCUUUGUGACUUAUAUUAUACUGUUUUUAUGAAGUGAAUCGUGUUAGAACAAUGGCUGCGACUACUCCGCGGCGUUCCUUGCGUAUUCCUCAUACGCAUACACCAAAAAUGACUGAGAGGAAAAAGACCUUGUUUGUUGAGAAUGAGGCAGCGAGGGAGUCCCUGACAAAGCACCGGCACCUUCCCGUGGUGGAAAGUGAAAGUGACAGCGAGGAUUGUGAUCUGGGAAUCAUCAGCACCCUGGAUUCCAGCUCUAGCGAUGAAACAGACCAGAAUGUUCCUAAAACACCAGAAAGGAGUGUUUGGCAUGAUACAAGAAGCCACAAGUCCAUGAACAGUUUGAAGAACUUCAUGAAAUCACCCUUCACAUUAAAGAAGUAUCAAACCAGGCACUCAUGUCCAGAGACACAAUGUGGUUCCUUAUCAACACCGGCCACACCACACAUACAACACCACCCGGGCACUCCAUCGUCAACCCAUUCAUGUGCCAGUGCCCACACUGUGUCUUCAACUUCAAGCAAAGCCAGGAAGAGCUUAGCCAGCCUUAUCGCAGACACAGAAAGCUGCAGCAGCUCUUUGAAAGACCUUAAUUUUGACACAGAUUCUGGCACAGAUUCAAAAGAAAACACACCUACUAAAACUUUACGUCGAUCAACAAGACAACACAAAAUGACGCCAAAAUUCCAAAGCUUUAAAGGCAUACUAGUUGAGCAGAAGAAAAAUGUUACACCAAUAAAAAAUGCUGUUGUGUGUUUAACUAAAAUGGAUUUAAGCAGCUACAUCUCACCAACACAGAUGUUAAAAACACCACAUAAUAAUUCGGAGAAUAAAUCUCCACCAAAACUGAGUCAUCGUAGAUCUGUAAUAGAAAUUGCUGAGAGUCCUGAGUCAUGUGGGAGCGAAAAGAGCUAUAAAAGGCUUCAUUAUGAAGGAAUGACUGAUAUAGGCCCAAUACCUAAACAACCACGUCUAGACCCAUCCGUAGUACCCAAAGCUCGCCUAUCCCUCUUUAACAGCGACAGACUUAAAGAAAUUCUCUCUACCAAGUCCUUUUACGGCAAAUCCAAUCCAGACUUGAACACUACUAUCACUACGAAGCUAUCAAAUGCUAUAGAAACUGUGAAUACACAACGUAGACGUCCAUUUUCCCAUUCUCAUUCUCACAGACGUAAAAGGAAGCCUGGUCAGAUUAAUAUGGGUGUUAGACAUAGAAUCCGUAAGCCAAAAAUACAAAAGUCAAACAUAAUUAGUGGACAGACAUUGAAUAAUUCAGCUCCUAGCAAUUUUAAAGCAAAUACCAGUUUUGAAUACACUACAUCUAAUAAGUCAGUGAAUAAAGAUGUUUCAAUCUUAAGUCAGUCAUCUGUUGACGAAAAAGCUGACCCGUUCGACAAAGAAAAACAAACUAUAGAAGCCCUUCUCAGCCAAUGGACAGAGGAAGAGGUUCCAGAAUCUGAACUUACGUACACAAAACCCCAGGAGUUACCAUGUUUCAACAGCACGGUUAUAGAAGCAACCAACCAAAUCUUCCAACCGGUUACAGCUGUUCCAGUUACUGAUGGCUCUAAACCGUCGGAUUCUGAAACUGUUAUCGUGGAAUUGGGUACUCCAAUUGCUAGCCAGGUUACUAAAUUACCACAAAAUCUGGCUAAUAUGCCAGAAAAUUUGCUUAAUAUCCCAGGAAGUUUGGUUAACACAUCAGGGAUUGCGACGCAACAUCUGGUUAAUAUGCCAGAAAAUAUGGCCAAUAUGCCAGGAAAUGUGGUGCCACAAAAUGCCAUAGAUUUGCCCUGUGAAUCAGGGCAAGAUGUCAUGAUGCUGGAUCAGGAAGGCCACACAGCGGCUCAUGGGGAGAUGUGUAAAGAUGGACAGUACUUGCCUGUGGAAGGUGGAUAUAUAUUUGUGGAGGGAACUAUUGUGCAUGGUCAAAAAGAAAUACCAGAUCUGGAUGAAAUAGAACGUGAAAUGCAAAUGCUGGACGAGCAAAUAUUUCAAAUGGCACAAUCCAAUAACAUCAAUGCAGAAGCUAUUCUGGCUUCCACAGAGCCUGUUGUUGCUGAUGUAAAUGUCGCUAAUUCUACACAAGAAAACAAGGAAAAGCCACAAAGGCUUUUCGCAAUUUUCAGCGAGCCCAAUCCUGGUAUUAGUACACCAAGAUCUAAACGUUCUGAGGAAAAAAGCAAGAAGCUACUAAAAAGUGGAAAUAACCAAUACAUCAUUGAUGCUGGACAAAAGAAAAUUGGUGCCACACAGUGCAAGGAAUGUGGUGUUAUUUACCAGAUUGGGGAUCCUCAAGACGAACACGAUCAUCUUGUACAUCACGACGCCACCGAUGUUCUUAGGUUCAAUGGCUGGAAGGAGGAGUGCAUAGUGGACAAGACGGAAACCGGGCGCUGUAUAAAGAUCCGCGGAGGCGAGUCGGGCUGGAAGCGAGUGGAGAGUGUACUCACGCGAGUCGUCCACCCGCAGCUGGGGUACGCGCCCGACUUGCCCAGGAAACAACACACGUAUACUGCCUACUUAUUCAUAGAAAAGAAGCAAAUAGUGGGGUGUUUGAUAAUGGAGCCGAAGUCCCGGGCCUACAAACUGUUACCUGGUGAACCUGAUUGCUGCAGCGUUGAAGAUUAUCCUGUCAAAUGCGGCGUGUCCCGCAUUUGGACGCACAAGUCGUUCCGUCGCCGCGGUAUCGCGGUGCGCCUGCUGGAGUGCGCGCGCGCAUCGCUGCUGCACGGCAUGGCGGUGCUGCGCUCCGAGGUCGCCUUCAGUGCGCCCACGCCCGCGGGGAAAGCGCUAGCCACCACCUACUGUGGCACGCACAACUUUUACGUGUACUUGGACUGAUCUUGAGCCACAAAUAAGUGGCACACACAUCUUUUACGUGUAUUUGGACUGAUUUGUGAAGUUUUUAUUGUGUUUUUUAUAAGACUAUUUUGUGCGGCCAUUUUACUAGACCAAAACUACGAAUCACUUUACUAAUAGAGUCAGGAAUUAUACUAACUAGAUAUCAAUUUACAAGCCUCAAGCUUGUCACGAGCCUUGCUGCUGGAAUGUGCGCGCAUCGCAGCUACACGGCAUGGCGGUGCUGCGCUCCGAGGUCGCCUUCAGUGCGCCCACGCCCGCGGGGCAAGCGCUAGCCACCACCUACUGUGGCACGCACAACUUUUACGUGUACUUUGACUGAUCUUGAGCCACAAAUAAGUGGAACACACAACAAGUACGUGUAU